AUGGAUGAGAAUAGGUGGAAGGUUUUCAGUCAAAGCAAUGCUAAGAUCAACAAGGAGAUUGGUGGGAGUUUAAGUAUUUUUGUUGAUAUUAUUGUCAAGGUGCAUGAGUUCUUUCUUGGGUUUAUAAAUGUUGAAGACACGUCGGGGCUUGGACUUUUCAAACGACUAGAAGAUGUUUUGAUUGAACUUCACCUCAACAUUGAUGAUAUAAGAGGACAAGGUUAUGACAAUGGCUCCAAUAUGAAAGAAAAGCAUGAUCAAAUUAGGAGGAUAGAAGCUAAAGGCUUGUGGAUGUCUGUUUUAGAAGAUUUUGAGUUCUUAAUUAGCUUAUGCAUUUGGUACAAACUUUUAGAUAAAGUUAAUCGUGUUAGUAAAUUGCUUCAACAAGAAGAUAUGGAAAUUGAUGAUGCAAUUACAAGAUUUAAGGAACUCAUUAUAUAUUUUGAAAAUAUUAGAGAAUGUGGUUUUGAAGAUUUGAUGGAGGAAGCUAGAACUCUUGCACGUAAAUUUGGCAUUGAUCUAGUGUUUGUUCAAAAAAGAGUUUCUCGAAGACCGAAGAAAUUUGAUGAGGGUGUGAAUGAUUAUGCCGAUGGUAAUCAAUCAUUAGAGGAUAAAUUUAGAAUUACAUAUUUUCUCCGCAUUAUAGACCAAGCUCUUACAUCGCUUCGGGAUCGGUUUGAACAACUUGAACGUUUUGAAGAACUCUUUGGAUUUUUGUUCAAUGGAAAAUUCAAAAGUGUUAGUGAAGAGAAAUUGAGGCAGGAUUGCACUAAAUUAGAAAAUUUCUUGAAACACAAUCAACAAAUGGACAUUGAUGGGGAUGCGUUAUUUAAAGAGCUCAUUAAUUUGAAGACAAUAUUACCGGUAGAAGUAAAAAGAUCAAUUGACAUCCUUAAUUUUACAAGGUCAUUAUGGGAAGCAGGUUGUUUUCAAAAUGUAGGGAUCGUUUAUCGAAUUUUAUUGACUAUACCGGUUACUGUUGCUUCAGCAGAGAGAAGUUUUUCCAAGUUGAAGUUGAUAAAGACUUACUUACGAAGUACAAUGUCACAAGAAAGAUUAAAUGGAUUAGCGAUGAUAUCAAUUGAAAAGGAGUGCUUAGAACAAUUAGAAUAUGAUGACUUAAUUGAAAAUUUUGCUUCCAAAAAUGCAAGGAGAAGUAUGUUUUCUUAG